AUGGAGAUAGAAGAAACGGGAGAGCACUAUAUGCCGUGCCCAAAAUGCAGUCAGAAAUGUUAUAAAAAACACCGUGAGAAAGAAUACUUUGAUGGGUCUGCUUCUUUCUUCAAAAUUAUGCUUGGAGAUUUUGCAGAGAAACUGCGCAUUCCUCGGGCUUUUGUUUCCCAGAUCAUAAAUGACCAAGAUGAACAUAUGGUGUUGCAAGGCCCAGAUGGGCAGAACUUCAAUGUACGGUUAUGGCGUUCCAUCAAAAAGUUGGAACUUCAACACGGCUGGAUAAACUUUGUAAAUUAUUAUGGGCUGGAAGUGGGCGAUCUUCUAGUUUUUAAAUACAUUUCUAAGUCAUGCUUUAAAGUCAAGAUUUUCGAUAAAACAUCAUGUGAAAAAAAUCAAAGAAUACAAAGCAAAUCUUCAUUUCAGGGCAAUUCAUCCCAUAACCCUGGACAUUCUUUCGCAUCUGAGAAGCAUGGGACAAUGGAAUCUGAUGCUCCCUUUAUAUCAGAUAAACCCUCUUGUACACUGGUUAUCAAAUAUAAUGAGCGUAGUUUAAAUCAACAAACAGACAGUAAACUGCUGAUUGAUCUGGAUUCUGAUGAAAAAGACAACCCUGAGUUUCAGGCGGUGACUGAAAUUCAAAGAACAAAAAGGAUGCCUCCCUUCCUCGGUGAGUAA